AUGCCACAAGUCACGGUCGAACAGAUUUACAAGGCCUAUUCCGAAAUCCAGGAAGCUGGAGAGAACGCUUCUGAAAAAAAAGACGCUUACCAGAUCUUAAUUGAUGGUGCUCAUGGACCCACGAGUUCCAAGCGUUUGUCUGCGCGAUUAAUUCCAACCUUUUUCAAGCAUUUUCCAGAGUAUUAUGAAACUGCGAUAGAUGCCUUAUUUGAUUUGUGCGAAGAUACUGACUUGAACGUGCGUCUCGAAGUAAUUAAAGCAAUGCCUAAUGUAGUGAAACAACUUAAAAACUAUUCGGAAAGAAUUGCUGACGCGCUAUUACAACUACUUCAAAAUGAGAGUGCACAAGAGAUCGCCGCAGUAAAGAAAGCCUUAGAGACAGUCAUUAGAAGUGAUCCGCAACGAGCCAUUAGAGUCAUAUUCGCACAAACGAUGAACGGAUCAGUAGAAGCGCGUAAUCGAACUAUCAAAUUUUUGGCUCAUGAUUUAAACCAAUUCAAAGGCGAUUUAUUUGAGCAAGAUAAAGAACUAGAGCAAAUUUUUGCUAAUGAAUUAAAAAAGGCUUUACGACCCGCUGAAGUACCUGAAUUCGAGACUUUCUUCAAGAUGCUUAUAUCAUUGCCAAUGUUUGAAAAUAAUCAAAAGAACAAUGAAAACUUGUUACAGGAGUUGUUUAUUUCUGUCACCGAAGAUGGAAAAUUUGAUCUCUCGGACGAAAAAAAAGUGCAAAAAUUGUUCUCGUGCGGAAAAGCAGCAUCGCAAAUACUUCUUAAAGGAGUACCCAGCACUUCAUUCCUCAUCUUUUUAUCUGAAAAUGUACUGCCUGUCGAUAUAUUCUCAAAGUUUAAUGAAAAACAACAAAGAACAAUAUUACGCUUCCUUGCUGAAUGUGCCGCGGCAAAACCAGAUGAAGCAAAAUUAAAAGAUGUUGUUCCGUUGGUUAAGCAAUUACUCUAUAAUGAAGUUCCUCAAGCGACUACAGAUGCAAGUGCGAAGCCACCAGCACUCGAUUUGUCUCGAGUAGAAUACAUAAUCUAUGCGUUAUAUAAUUUCGAUGCAAAGGUUCCAGAUUUAAUCGAUAACGACGAAGUGUCUUCAAGGCUUCGACAUGUGUAUAUGGAAACUCAAAAAACGCUUAGUAGUAUCAAAUUAGGAUUGAUUGAUUUAGAAAAGCGCUCACCUAAAGAUCCAGAAACCCUUGAAAGAAUUAAAAAAUGCAAAAAUGGCCAAGCCAUGACGGAAAACAUUUUCUCGAUGGUUAAGGAGCUUUUAAAACCAUCCAAAUUCCGAACCUAUCCAAAGAUUAUACUUUCUUGGCAGAAGAUGUCAGCAUCUUCCGCUCAAAAUCAAUCUUUAUCGAAAACAAAAGUAACAAAAGCCAACACACCCACAUCAUCGCCGUCGCUAUCACAAUCUACUUCGUCUCCACAAAAACGGCCAGCAUCAGCGGUACAAGUGACAUCGGUAAACAUAAACAAUAAAAAACCGAGGAUCAAUAAUCCAUCAAACAUAGGAACUCAAAGCACCAAUAUAACAACUACAAUAAGAAAUAAUUUUCGAGUAGUCGGUGGUCCAACCACCCAAUGGUGGAAAUUCGUCGAAUACACGUCGAAUAUUCCACGGGAGCAACGCUCAAAUCCAAAAGAAUGA